AUGGAGGGCGCGAUGGCAGUGCGGGUGACGGCCGCUCAUACGGCAGAAGCCGAGGCCGAAGCCGGGCGGGAGGCGGGCGGGGGCGGGGUCGCGGCGGCGGCGGCCUUGGCCUCCAGCGGCUUCCUCGGUCUCCCGGCGCCCUUCAGCGAGGAAGAUGAGGACGAUGUGCACAGAUGUGGUCGUUGCCAAGCCGAGUUUACCACCUUGGAGGACUUUGUCCAGCACAAGAUGCAGAAAGCCUGCCAGCGGGUCCCUCAGGACACCCUGCCAGCCACCCCGGCUGCCGCCGAGCUCCUGGGCCAGGAGGUGAUCCCCUCUGUACCACCCCCACCACAGGUGGUCCGGGCACCCACCCCAGAGGAGCCCAUCACCUUGGCUCACAUCGUGGUGGAGGCGACCUCGCUGGCGGCAGACCUCAGCCAUACCCCUGACCUAGUGGGUAAUGGGCACAUCAAAGAAGUGAUCGUGGCAGCUGAGGCGGAGCCGGGGGACUGUGAGGUGGCUGAGGGCCCAGGGCUCACUGGGGAGGGGGAGCCCACCCAGGUGCAGCUGCUGGUGAACAAGGAGGGCCGCUAUGUGUGUGUGCUGUGCCGUAAGACCUUCAAAACGGGCAGCAUCCUCAAGGCGCACAUGGUCACCCAUAGCAGUCGCAAGGAGCACGAAUGCAAACUGUGUGGGGCCUCCUUCCGGACCAAGGGCUCCCUCAUUCGGCACCACCGGCGCCACACUGAUGAGCGCCCCUACAAGUGUGUCAAGUGUGGGAAGAGCUUCCGGGAGUCGGGGGCGCUGACCCGCCACCUCAAGUCUCUCACCCCAUGCACAGAAAAGAUCCGCUUCAGCGUGGCUAAGGAUGUGGCUGUCUGCAAAGAGGAGGGGCCUGCAGGGUCAGGCGCUGCCAGCGUGGGGAUGGUGGCAUCGUCAUCAGUGACAGAGGAGCCCAUAGAGACGUCCCCUGUGAUUCACCUGGUGACAGACGCCAAGGGCACCGUCAUCCACGAAGUCCAUGUACGGAUGCAGAAGCUACCCCUGGGCAUGAAGGCUCUGGACUCCGAGCCCCCCAGUCCUGAGGAGCUGCCCUGUACUGGGGAGGGCAGCCAGGAGAGCCUGCUACACCAAGCCAUGCAGAACUCUGGCAUCGUCCUUGAGCGUGUAGCUGAGGAGGAGGGGGCUACACUGGAGCCAGCCCCCCCUGCCGAAUCCAGUCCCCAGGCCUUGGGAGAUGGCUCCCCAGAGCUCCCGCUGCUAGCUGUGGAGCAAGUGGAGACACAGGUGGCCAGUGAGGCUGCAGGCGCACCCAGGGCCCACCCGUGUCCUCAGUGCAGCGAGACCUUCCCCACGGCCGCCACACUGGAGGCCCACAGGAGGAGCCACGCCGGGCCGCGGCCCUUUGCCUGCUCGCAGUGCGGAAAGACCUUCCCGAAGGCCUACCUGCUCAGGAAGCAUCAGGAGGUGCACGUGCAUGAGCGGCGCUUCCGCUGCGGGGACUGCGGGAAGCUCUACAAGACCAUCGCCCACGUCCGCGGCCAUCGGCGUGUGCACUCGGACGAGCGGCCCUACCCCUGCCCCGAGUGCGGCAAGCGCUACAAGACCAAGAAUGCCCAGCAAGUGCACUUCCGGACGCACCUGGAGGAGAAGCCCCACGUGUGCCAAUUCUGCAGCCGUGGCUUCCGGGAGAAGGGCUCGCUCGUGCGGCACGUGCGGCACCACACGGGCGAGAAGCCCUUCAAGUGCUACCGGUGCGGACGCGGCUUUGCUGAGCACGGCACGCUCAACCGGCACCUGCGCACCAAAGGGGGCUGCCUACUGGAGGUGGAGGAGAUGCUCGUGCCGGAGGAGAGCCCUGCAGCCGCUGCCACCGUCCUGGCCGAGGACCCUCACACCGUGCUGGUGGAGUUUUCGUCCAUGGUGGCAGACACCCAGGAGUACAUCAUUGAGGCCACCGCAGAUGAUGCAGAGACCAGCGAGGCCACAGAGGUCAUCGAGGGCACCCAGACUGAGGUGGACAGCCACAUCAUGAAGGUGGUGCGGCAGAUCGUGCACCAGGCAGGUGCUGGGCACCAGAUUAUUGUGCAGAACAUGACAGUGGACCAGCAGGCCACACUGGGCCCCGAGGCCACCGCCGACACCAUCACUAUUGCCACCCCCGAGAGCCUGACUGAGCAGGUGGCCAUGACGCUGGCCUCGGCCAUCAGCGAAGGCACUGUGCUCACAGCGCGUUCGGGUACCAGUGGUGCCGAGCAGGCCACUGUGACCAUGGUGUCAUCGGAGGACAUCGAGAUCCUGGGCCACGCGGGCGAACUGGUCAUCUCAUCACCAGAGGGCCAGAUCGAGGUCCAGACGGUGAUUGUGUAG